AUGGAAAGAAACUUAGAAACAACACCUCCAUCUUCUACAAAAUCGCUUGAAGUUGGCGAAGAAAAUGAGCUUCUAACAGAUCAGAAUAUCAGACUCUCUCACCGUUCAACCUCCACCCCCACGGCUGCAAAUCCGAGUCAACGAAUUAUAUCACCGGAGAUGAUAAGACCAUUUUCUAAAGCGGGGCCAAGACAAAACACGAAACGAAAUAAUAGAAAAAUGUCAUCUGCUAUUGUAACCGACUCUCCCGAAAGGAAAAAAAUAGAGGAGAAAGAGUAUAGUGCAAAUAAACCAAAAGUUACUGUUAAGAAAAUGACUACAAAAGACUCCAUAAAAACGCUUAAAACAAAAUCAGAAAUAAAUAAAGAAAAUUCCGUUCUGCAAGAUGACUCUGAUUCGUCUGACUCUAUCGUAUUGGAUGAAUUAAAAACAAAGGGUGUUCGAAGCAAAAUAAACCCAAAGACAAAUAACAAUAGUGAUGAUUGUGUAGUUUGGAGCAAAACAUAUAAAGACAGUGAUCAAGAUUGGUUUCAGUGCAAAAUUUGUUCUGGUUGGGCUCAUGAAUGCUGUGGUAUUAAGGGGAACCUUAAUUUCUUUUGCAAGACAUGUUUCUAA